AGCAUCCCUAUAUUGCCCCAUUGCCUAUCGCAGCGCAGGGUGAUGGACUAGUGGGAACAGAAACAUUAUGGCUGCCAGUCUUUCCCUGACUCAGCUUUCAAGUGGGAACCCUGUCUAUGACAAGUAUUAUCGACAGGUCGAUCCAUCUGGCAGUGGGCGAGUAGCAGCCGCCGAUGCGGCCUUGUUCUUGAAAAGGUCUGGCCUUUCAGACCUGGUCCUAGGCAAGAUAUGGGACUUGGCAGAUUCAGAACGCAAAGGCUUUCUGAACAAACAGCAAUUUUUUGUUGCACUGCGACUAGUGGCUUGUGCUCAGAAUGGCCUCGAAGUUGCACUCAAAAGCCUCAGUGUGGCUGUGCCUCCACCAAAGUUUCAGGACACUAGCAGUCCACUCCUUCCUGGAGCCGUGCCUGUUGACAGCCCAUGGGCGGUCAAGCCAGAGGAGAAGCUGAAAUUUGAUGCCAUCUUCGACAGUCUGUCGCCAGUGGGUGGCAUGCUUACAGGCGACAAGGUCAAACCGGUGCUGCUCAACUCUAAGCUCCCUGUCGAUGUCCUGGGCAGGGUGUGGGAGCUUAGUGACAUAGACAGAGAUGGAAUGCUGGACAAAGAUGAGUUUGCAGUGGCCAUGUAUUUGGUGUAUAGGGCUCUUGAGAAUGAGCCUGUGCCAAUGGCUCUGCCUCCCUCUCUGGUUCCACCAUCAAAAAGGAAAAAGGUGACCCCGACUCCUGUGAUGCCCCUCCUCCCUUCGCCACCUCCUUCACUCAAAGAAAGAGGUUCUGCCCACUCUGGGUCCAAAACAUUACCAGCUAAACCCACACAGCCACAGUGGGUUGUCUCUCCUGCUGAUAAAGCUAAGUAUGAUGAGCUGUUCACUAAGACAGACAGUGACAUGGAUGGCUUAGUGUCGGGUCCAGAGGUGAGGGACAUCUUCCUAAAGACAGGACUGCCCUCCGCCACACUUGCACGCAUAUGGGAACUGUGUGACAUUGGUGACAUUGGAAAACUGACCAGAGAGCAGUUUGCAUUGGCUCUCUAUCUAAUCAAUCAAAAGCUCUCCAAAGGUAUUGAACCACCCCAAACCCUUUCUCCAGAGAUGAUCCCUCCCUCUGACAGGCUAGCCCGACAGAAUAACGCUGUGUCUUGUCAGGCUGCAGACUUCUCUGCCAUUAAAGAGUUGGACUCCCUCAGUAAUGAGAUCAUGGACCUGCAGAGAGAGAAAAGCUCUGUGGAACAGGAGAUCAAAGAGAAGGAGGAGAGCAUCAGAGAGAGGACCAGUGAGGUGCAGGACCUGCAGGAUGAGGUGCAGAAGGAGAGUGAGGAGCUGCGGAGGCUGCAGACCGAGCGGCAGGAGGUGCAGGAAGUGCUGGAGAGACUGGAUGAGCAGAAGUCAUCUCUGGAGGAGCAGCUCAAGCUCAUACGGCAGCAGUGCAGUCAGGAAAACCAGCUGAUCCAGUCCCUGCAGGCAGAGCACUCUGAGCAGGAACAGAGGAUUGGAGACUAUGAGGAGGAGCUGGUGAGAGCCAGAGAGGAGCUGCUCCAUCUGCAGGAGGAAACGCGCAGUCUGGGAGAAAAAGUGCGAUCAGCCCGUGCUCAGCUCUGCCCCCUGCAGGACGCAGUCACAGAGUCACACACACAGAUUGCUCAGAUGCAGGAACAACUGACUGAGCUGAAGACAGAAGAGCGAGAAGUUACAGCUCAGCUCACCUGGAAAGUCCUUGAAGAGGAGCCUGCGCUUGUGAAUGGAACAGCACCCCCUGCUGAACAACCCAAACAGAUGCAGUGGCCGCAACUAACAGAACAGCCUCCCACUAAACCAAAGGAUGAGGAGGAAGAGGAUGAGGAAGAUCAGAGCAAUACAGAUGAGCCGCAGGAGCUGAGGGUGACUGAGGAGCAGCCUGAUGAAGAGUCAGCAGAGGUAUCCUCCAGUCCUGAAGAGUCUGAGCCUAAAGCUGACCCGCUGGAUGACCUGUACACCAGCAUGCUGUCCAAAGCUGGCACCAUCAGUACUGCCUGGCCUCAGAACCACAUGGAAAACACCAGUUCUCCUGCAGCAGUGGAGUCGGAGGUGAAGGAAGCAGAAGAGGAGGUAAAGCAGCAGCCCACUGCCAACGCAACCAAGGUGGAGUCUCAAGCAGCAGAACAGAAGGAAGAGCCCUCCCAGCCUGUUAUUGCUCGCCCUGGCAGCCCCUCUACUGAUGAAUUCUUCCAGUCUGACCCCUUCACUGACAGUGAUCCUUUCAAAGAUGAUGACCCCUUCUCAAAAGUAGACAUUUCUGAUCCCUUCGGAGGUGACCCCUUCAAAGGCACAGAUCCAUUUGCAACAGACACCUUCUUUAAACAGUCUUCCUCAGCCACCUUUCCCACUGGAGACCCCUUUGCUUCCUCUGACCCAUUCAGCUCAAGCACAGGCUCUGCAGAACCAGACCUGUUCUCCUCCCGGCUUAACAAUACCACUGGGUCCGAUCCGUUCUCUUCCAGCGCCGGAACUGCAGUUGCAGCAGAUCCCUUCAACUCCAGUGGUAAUGCACCAUUCGUAUCCAAAAUGGAUACAGACUCGGAUCCUUUCAGUUCCGCGUCUGGAGCAGGGGACGACCCGUUCGGUGGGUCAGAUCUACCAGCGAAGGACAUAACGCCAGCAGCUAAUGACCCUUUUGCUCCAGGAGGAACAGCAGUAAAUGCAGAUUCAGAUCCAGAUCCCUUUGCCACAGUAUUUGGCAACGAGUCAUUUGGAGGAGGAUUUGCAGACUUUAGCAGCCUGGCAAAGUCUAACGGUACAGAUCCUUUUGCCUCAUCAAACACAAAUAGUAAGAAUUUAUUUAAGGAGGACAACCAAUCAGACGUGCCUCCUGCAUUACCACCCAAAACGGGGACCCCUACAAGACCACCACCUCCUCCACCAGGAAAGCGGUCGAACAUCUACCGGUCAGAGUCGUCGGAGUCGUUUCAGCGACGCGGGCCAUUCAGUGGGCAGAGCUCUGGAGAGUUCUCCUCCCUUCCUGCUAAAGACACAGUGCCGGAUCCCUUCGCCCCCUCCGCCCCCUGCCAAGCCUCCCGUGACUCCGACAGAUUUGCCACCUUUGACAAAUACCCUACGGAGGAGGACAUGAUCGAGUGGGCGAAGAGGGAGAGUGAGCGAGAGGAGAGGGAGCGUUUGGCACGGCUCACGCAGCAGGAGCAAGAGGAUUUGGAGCUGGCCAUUGCCCUCAGCAAGUCCGAGCUCUCCUGAUCUCAGCUGGACCCGACACACAACCACUGAGGUGGAGGAGGGACGAGGGACAAAGAGCCGAAUUUACGGGUGCUGGGACGUGCUGUUGACACCACCAUUCUUAGCAGAAAACUUGUCAGUCUUUCCAUCUUCAGUCCCAGCUUUGUCCAUGUAGCCAGUGACUACUCCUACAGCAGCAUCGGUUGAGACAGAGUUUGGGCCUUAGGGGAGAAAUGGUAAAAAGGUAAAGGACGAGAACCCUCAGUGCUUGACUUUGAGGCGUUCUUUGUGCGCUUUUAAGGUCAGAUUAAAUGGCUGCCCAUUAACUCAUUCAUCAAAUCCACAGCAUGAUGAACUGUCACUGGCACAUUAACACACAACUCCCUCUGCACAUUGCACUGGGUUAUGUAACUUGAGUUCAAGCUAAAUGUAUGAAAAUAUUGGAAAGACUUGACAUUUACUAAGUCUGACAUCUUAAUCUGAAAAGCCCAGUCUUUCUAACUGAAGGGUUAUAUUUUGCAAUGUGAAUAAUGAUGAAAGUGAUCGUUCUGGAGGUAAACUCUGCUAUGAGGUUGGAAGAAAAGAUUGUCAGAUAAAAGUGCCCCAUCAUACAUGGAACAUUUGUGGUAACUUGAAGAAUUGGAUUAUUUUCCACAGUAUUAAUGGAGAAUGCAUUUAGUUUGAGCCCUGAUUUAGUUUAGAUUACAACUCAUCUUGUCAAAGCUGCAUGUUAAAAUGCACAGAAGUAUAUUUUUUGGGGGGCCGACCUAAAAUAUGAUUAAACUCCUUCCAUCAGAGGUUCCCACUGAUUAGUCUGUUGAAAAAGCCUUUAGGAUUCAAUUUUGGCCCGCUGUAAGUGUCCUUCGAAACCUAAUCAGAGCAUUUUGACAGCUAAACUACUCAUCUUUGGGACUGAUCAUUGGUUUCCAAACAACUUUUACACUAUUCCAAGCUUCUUGUUCCCUCACAUAAGUGAUUUUGAAAGUCUGUUUGAAGAUCUUGUAUGACAGCUGAAAUAACAAUUUAUACAUAUUUGUGGGAAUGUAAUUGUACAGUAUAUACUAUAUAAUAAUUGUUUGCCUGUAACCUUGUAAUUCAGUAUAUUCAUAUCUUGCACUUGUAAUCUGUUUUAGAAAAAAAUAAUAUCUUGGUGAAAUGCAGAACAAUACACUAUCGUUAGCGGUAGUAGGCCUUGAAAACAAUGAACUGAUCUUAACUCAUUUUCACUUGAAAAGAACCUUUUCAGUAAGAGUAAAAGUGUAUUUAGUUCUGAUAUCUGGAGGAACCAAGAAACACCCAGGAAGUUCUUUUAAGGAGUGCCUCUCACCUAGGCUCUAUGUGUUCUUAAGCUGUGAAAUGCUGACUGUAGGAAGCUUUUGAACCUCUAAGACAAAUUAUGUGGGGUUUCCAUCUGAGGCAAGAGAGGAUGAAAGGGAAAAGAAUUCAAAAUUUCUGCGUAAUUUAAUUGUUGAUGUAAGUAAGUCAUUCGGAGUGGUUUGAUGUGAAAUGGUUCACUUUAGAGAAACUUACUUACUGAUUUCUUUGCAGGGGUGGUGAUAGGAACCAGGGGUCACCGAUGUCUAUGCCAUUUUAUUUGCAAUUCAAAAUGACCAGUGCAAUAACUUUGUGAUGUAGCUUUUAGAAGCAUUAAAGCCUUCAGAAAUCUGGUAUCCACCACCACCACUGUGAACAGUUGACUUUCCGGCUUUCUCUAGAUACAUAUCAAACUGCUGUGAAUGACUUUGUUUUACAUCUUAACCAUUUAAUUAUGCAGAGACCCAGUAGACUUCAGCGUUGUUGCCACACUAAACAUUUUCAAAACACUCAACAAGGUUUACUUAUGUCCAAAAUUACGAUAACUUUGUGGUCACUGAUUUUCAAUUUUCCUGUAAUUGGAUAUUCAAGAAUUCUGAGUAUGUAGCUUUUUUGUCUUUACCCAUUUCAGUCGUCUGUGUGUACUAACUUCUGUAGGGUACCAUUAACGGGGCACAGAUAGAUUGCGUAGUGCUUGUUUGCAUUUCAAAGUGUCCGUUGUGCCUGAAGUUUGGGUUUGACCUCAAGGGCAUUGUCUGCAAGUCUUAAAUGACUGUGAGAAGCAUCUACUGCCCUUUUUGGACAUUGGAUGCACUUUUGUCAGUCAGACUUUCCAUGUGAAAGCAUUAGGCAUGAUGAUUAGUCAGUAAAGAGAAAGUGCUUUUUUUGGCCAUGGAUUUCUGACUUUUCAGAUAUUACAGGAUUAAGAAUGUCCUUUUUGACUUGAAUAUUUGCAUUAGAUUGAUGAUUUUAAUGGUCAAAGUAAAAGGUGAUUGAAAAAGCACAAGGGAAUAGGCAGUCUAUCAGAUAUUACUCGAACUGACCGUUUUCUGACCAAUAUAACUUUUGCCUUGCAGUUUAUAUUGAUUUUUAUGAGCAUUAUGAACAUGGCAUUUUACCCUGUAACCCAGACAAAAGUAUUACAUUAGACACCAGUUAGCACUCCUUACUAUGUAAAGACUAGGGCUUGUCCUGUUUGUGACUGCUUCUAUUUCUUAGCCUUGCUCAUUGCUACAAUUCUCUCUGUUUCUGUUAAUCGUGUAUGUAUGUGUAUGUAUGUAUGUAUGUAUGUAUGAAUUUAUGUAUGUAUGUAUAGGCCUCUAAUUCUUCUGAUUGAAAACCACUGAUGUACUUGCUCUCUACAGGCUUUUAAAAACUGGCUCAAUGUAUUUUAUUUUUUUAAAUUUCUUUACAAAUGUGUUCCUUUUAGUAGGGACAAUUGUUUAAAUAUGUUAAGUAACAUGUAAUUAAAUCUAAAGAAUAAAUAUGAAUCUUCUAAGUGAUUUUU